ACAUAAUUUAAACGUCAUAUCCGCCCAAAGCUAUAAUGCUUGAAAUAAUUAAAACUGUCGUCUUUGAGCUGUAAAAGUUUCUGGACAGUGAUAACGGACAUAAGUAGUACAGUGUUAUGGAUAUUUGUAGAGAGAAAUUACAUUUCCAAACAUGUAAUGGAUGCUGAAGACUUGGAAAAGGAUCUGUUUAAAAAUUGGGUCCGCGGUGCAAAGGGUUUAGAGUACUUACAGGAAGGACUUCAAGACUUUGUUGGAGAUAAAGUGGAGCUUUGUCGUAAUCAAUCAAUACAAAAAAUAACAAAUGGUUGGCCGACAGGAUCUGCGCGUCAGUGCAACCAGUGUACGUCUCAAAAUCUUCUGCCUGAACACGCGAAUAAGAGGAACACAUGUAGCAGAAGCACAUGCAUAGAACAAAAACCAAAUAACUGCUUUGGUAGUAAACCAAAGGGUCGUGGAAAAUGUCCAAAUGGAAUAUGCAGUAAAUUAUAUGAUGAAAUCGUACUUGAUCAUUCUUCGGGAGAUCCGCUAUGGAAGAACUCAGAUCCAAGUACGUGGUGUUCAGAUCCACUCGGAUGGAGCUUCGGGAAAUGUUUCCAAACAACAAUAAGCCCAGGUACAUCAGCUAGCUCAUCCGAUGCUGCUGGACUCCUUAGCAUUCUUAUCAAUAACAUGACAAUACAAAACGACUGGCUGGCGUGCAAUGACAUGUCUUCAAAAAUAACGUGUCCUUUUAACAGGGCCAGAGACAUUCGUAAUGCAAUUCUGCAUAGUUCAAAACUCGAACUUGAUGAACCGACGUUAGGCUAUUAUUUAGAUACAUUCAUAACAGUCCUUCAAGAUGCAAAAUGUCUACUAAACUACAACGGAUCGAAACAAGCUGUUAAGAAACUAUUACAGUUAAAAAACCAACAGGACAAUAUAAGACAGAAGGAUGUAACAAGACUAAUGCAAAAUCGGAAAGAGGCGUUGUUUGAACUAGAGGAAAGGAAAGCAGAAGGACUGCGCGAAAUUGACGACAGAGCUGCAACUGCUAUAUCUACAUUCAAAAAAGAUGUUGAUAACAGUACAAACGUGGCUUUGUCUGACAUAGAACAGACUAAGACUACAGCGAUACUGAACAUAAAUGAGGAGAAACGGAGCGCCUUGUCUGAUAUAAAAGAAGCAAAGAGGGAAGCUGAACAGGACUUUAAGGAUAACACUAAAGCUGCCUUGUCUGAACUAGAACAGGCAAAAAAAGGGGCUUCACGGGGCGUUAACGAAAGCGCAAAAGAUGCCUUGUCCAAAUUAGAAGACGCAAAGAAAGAGGCUGAACAGGGUGUUAAAGAACGCACAAAAGAUGCAUUGUCAGAGUUAGAUAAAGCCAAGAAAGGGGCUGCACAGGACGUUGAAGAAAGCACAAAAGAUGCCUUGUUUGAAUUAGAAGAAGCAAAGAAAAGGACUGCACAGGACGUUGAAGAAAGCAAAAAUGAUGCCUUAUCCGAAUUAGAAGAAGCCAGGCAAGGGGCUUCACAUGACGUAAAAGAAAUCACAAAAGCUGCCUUAUCUGAAUUAGAAAAAGCAGGGAAAGACGUUGCUCAGGACGUUAUGGAAAGCACAAAAACUGCUUUUUCACAAUUAGUAGAAGGAGGAUCUGAAGUAAAAAGGAAAGCCGCUAAUGUAUUGUUUUUAAGAAGAGACAGGGAAAUGGAAGAUGAAUCAGAAAGUGAAGCAAGGGAACCUCCGAGAAAGAAACUACGCACGAAGAAGCGUAUGCCCAAUAUAAAGAAGGAUCUGAAGGAAGAUUUGAUAGCCCUCUACAGGCAUCAGUACCAUUUACUGCCUCUAUCACCCCUGAUAGAAGAACAAGACACUCCUCUAUUGAAGUUUUACGUCAUGCCGGACAUCAAUUCAGUGGAAAUCCAGAGGUCGUUUGGAGGUGGCAACGAAAUUAAAUCAAAGGUCACCUCAUUGCGUGAUGUGUUCUACAAGAAAAACAAAACGUGUCGUGAAAUUUACCUUACUGCAGAUGCUGGGUUCGGGAAAACUGCAUUUAGUAAGCGACUCGUUUUGACCUGGUGUCAAGCCAAAAAGCGUAUCGAAAGUGAUCAAAAAUUCUUUAAGGAGGAAGAUAUUCAGGCAAUGUCAGAGUUUGAAUUUGUGUUCUUGUUGUCAUUGCGCGAUUGUUUUAAGGAAUGCGACAUUGAUGAGAUGAUCGUUAAACAAGUAAUUCCGCGGUUGGCGCACACUUCUGUAACUGUAAGCGACAUAGAAACUAUUAUUUCUAAGGGUAAAGGCUUAGUAAUUCUGGACGGUUUAGAUGAGUGGAUACACCCUGAGACCAUUUGUAGGCUAGGACCAAGUGACAUUCCACACAGGAAAGCUAGGGAAUCAUGUACAAUCCUCACAACAACUAGACCGUGGAAGUUGAGUGUCAUCAGUUUAAGUUCAAGUCAAAUAGAUCAAAAGUUGGAACUUGUCGGAUUUAACAAUACGUCUGCUAAAGAUUUAAAGAAAAAUGUAAUCUCACUUCUGACUGGUGACAAUGACGAAGAAAAACACAUUCAGGACUUUAAUACCACUGUGAAACGUAAAGGCAUUUCGGAUUUGGAAGUAAUUCCGCUUCUACUGAUGUAUCUUCUGUGUUUAUGGUGUGAUGGAAUAGAUCUAGGAAGAUCUAAAUGUGUAUUGUACUGCCAAAUUGUUGAACUGCUCCUGAAACGAACGUUUAAAAAAUAUACAGCCCUGCUACAGGCGCGCGAACCGGCCCAAGGUGAUAUCCCACAAUAUUUCAGAGAACAUGUACAUUGUAAGAAAAACUGCACCCUUCUGCAAGCUUUAGGACAAUUAGCAUUUGAAACAUUAUUCAGUGAAAAACGUGAAAGCACGCUGGUAUUUAGUCAGUCGGCCACUGAAAGAUAUUUAAGCAAAGAUGAUUUGAAGUUAUGUCUUCUCUCAGGAAUAUUAACACAAAGUAAGGAAGUAAAAUUAGCCAGUGAAAGUUAUAAAGUUUCGUUUUCCCACAAAACAGUACAAGAAUAUUUCUGUGCCCUGUACAUUUGCUCCCAAAAUGAAAAUGAUGUUAAAGAAAUAGUCAAACAAAAAUUUAACAGUGUACAAAAUAUUCUUGAUAUGUCGGCAGUGUUUGUUUUCACCAGUGGAAUGAAUGCAGAAAUCAUGUCUUCAAUAUCACGCGAAUUAAUGUCUGUAAUCAGUGAAGAUCAAAAAACGAGAACAUACAGAUCUAUGACAAACUACGAUUCCAGGUACGUUAAUCCUCUGAGAGACAUACAAAACAUGUACAUUUCUUGUUUGAAAGAAAACCCGGACAACACUUCUCUUUGUUUCCAGGAUUUUAUCAUCGGUGGAGAAUGUCAACAAGAAAAUCACUUCUUGAAUUUAAAACAGCUGGUGAUACACAAUAAAAGAAAUAUUAAGUCAUUAAGUAUCAGAAUACAAGGCAUUCGUUGUUUACGUGAACUUAUCGAUCAGUGUGAACUUGGUGACCUGCACAGCGUCAAGAAAAUAUUUUACCGAGGAGAAUGCAAGGAAGCGGAAAUUAUUCGGUUGUUGACAAACAAGUCGUUGGAAUGUGUAACUGUUGUAUCACAUACAUGGCAAGGUAAUAACUUUAUACCCGAACUUAGUUCUUGUUCCAGUGAACUGUCUAAAACAUUUCAGAAUAUUUCUCAGUUACGAGCAAUUUAUAUCGAUUGUUUCAAGAUGGAGCACGAUGUGCUGAAGGAGUUUCUGAAUUAUAUUAUAAACAGAAAAUCAAUGGCGGAGAUUAGAUUGUACAACUUACACUGUGUCACACACGAUAUUUCCUGCGGAGAAAUGAAUUUGGACUUUUCCCAGCAUUCAGAUCUAAGGACGUUAGGAUUGAGCCAUAUACCUGUGUCACAAUUAAAAGUGAAUGUAUCGUCGUUAGAGGAUUGUACUGUAGGACAUUUAUCUAAACCCGGUCUGUUCACGUCAUUGCUGAGAGAGCUGCCAGCAGCCAGUAAACUACACACAUUUAUGUGUGGUUAUCUAAAAUCUUCCGGUGACAUUGAAACAUUGCUGCAGACAUUACCAUUGUUAGUUCCAGUGAAAGAAGUUACGUUGUGGUAUAUCAACCUAGGUGAAAGGUCACUGUCUCUGUCACCGGAAAUGGUGAAUAUACAGUUUGUUUACUUGUAUGAGGUAACAAUGUCUGGUUCAUCAUUACAUAAUCUAGUUAAGGUAGUAGAGAAACUUCCACACUCAGUGACAGUAAGAAUGAUAGAUUGUAAUAUAACACCGGAAACAGAAUUUGCAGACGUUAAAAAAUAUAUAAAAACAUCGGAGAAUUUCGUGGUCACGUUUAAUGGAAUCAGUCAGUACGACACGUACGUGUUUGAGUUUCAAACAACUGAAGCUGGAAGUCGAGUACAUUAAGUUAACCAGUGGACUUGGACUGAUAGUGUAAAUAUUUGUAAAAGCAUUACUCAUUUAUUUAAAUAUAUGUAACAUAAAAACAAUACACAGUGACAUAUGACAUGUAUAUAUUUAUGCAGAGUUAAAAAUGGCCGCGGUGAAAUACACAUGGAAAUGAAUUCUGAGGAAUUUUUUUAAAAAAUGGAACCUAUAGUUUUGUACACAUGGAUGAAAAGAUGGAUAUUCUUCAUUAUUUGACACAAGUUGAGAAGAGACUUGCAGCGAGACUGGAGAUAGCACUGGAUGCCUGGACAAAAUAUUUAUAAUAUGGUCUGCUUGGUAAGAAAGAAGAUAAGGUUGAUACACAAUGGACACUGAUAUUUCACAGCAGCCCAGUCGGAAACAAAGCCUAUGAUUCAUGAGCAAUUCAUAACAAGUCAGUUGAUCUAUGUGAACCCACCAGUUCAAGAGUUAACAUAAAGCAGGAACUGUUUGGUUGGGAGGCCAUUGUUUAAAGUCUUCGAAGGAUUAAAAACUCUAGAUAUCAGGUGGGUUUUGACUUUGGAGUCUGACGCAUCAACGCAACCUAAAAGAAUAUACUGACAAAAGUCCCUGGUGGUAUCAAAUUCAUUGAAGAAUCCUAUUUUGCUAUACAGAAAACUGUUAGAAAAUUGAAGACUAUAUCACGGUAUGGUUGAGAUACCAGCCAUUGUAGGAUCUGACACUGGACGGCCUAAGCUACCAGAGGAUAGUUAGCUACUUACACAGAUGACAACACUUAAACAAAUCAAGUCAGCUAGAAAGACUUUGACACAUCAGAGACCCAGAAAGAGAUAGGUCCUAUCAUCGUACAGUUUGGUAAAGUACAGUCUAAGGUAACAUUGAAAUAUGGCUGCUGGCACAAGGAUGUUCUCAGUUGAUUUGGCAGUAUGUUGAGUAACGAGAUGACAGAGUUCCAUUCUCAUAUACAGAAGUCACGAUCAGAACCGAGAUGUGCAGUCUAUAGACACAGCAAAUACUUUUAAAGUUGUUUGACCGAUUACACAAGUACAGGCAUUGAAACGCAAGACGAAGUACUGGGAGAAACAAGUUGAUAUCUACAAAAAGGUCAGCAUAUCCUUGAGCAAAAAACUUUGGUUUCUGUUCCCAACUAACUGGCUGUAUGACAACAUUGAGGGUGAGUAGGGUGCCUCCACAAAUACCAUGAAGCUCAUUGAUGGUCCAGUACAGACGCAGGUAGCUCUGUCUGCAGAACGAUGAACAUUGUCUCCAAGGACAAGACGUAGAGGACAAGACCUCAGAGUAGUCCUUCUGGUAGACAGGGAGAAAGAUGAACAUUUUGGUGAGCCACUCCCUCCUGAUGAAGCACUGAAGGCUAUAACAAUGUGUGAGGACUUGAGGAAGACCUGGAAGAGAGACACAAUGUUGCCAAGGCAAAAGGAGGCUCUGGAAUUGGCAGAAUCUGAUCUGACAGAGCAGUGACGGUCUGUUGAACCAGAUGAAGGAAUUACCUGCUUGACUGAGAACUGGUUAAAGAUCUUUAAUGACAGAAAAAUGAUGGUCUGUCAAACCAGAUAUAGGAAUUACCUGCCGGACUGAGAGCUGGUUAUAGAUCCGACACAGCCUAGACGGUCGGUUGAACCAGAUGUAGGAAUUACCUGCCGGACUGAGAGCUGGUUAUAGAUCCGACAAGGCAUUGACGGUCGGUUGAACCAGAUGGGGGAAUUACCUGUCGUACUGAGAGCCGGUGCUUUAUAUGAACAUGUGAAAUGAUUGCAUCAAGGAUUUGCAAAGGCGAAUGUGUUGGUGGUUGAGCUGAAGACAGAUGCUUUGAAGGAACGUCAAUGGAAACAGUUGACACGUCGUCUUGGAGUAUAAUCUUACCUUGGGUCAUGUAUGGUAUAAACUUACUGAAGAAUGAACAUAUUGUCAAGAAUGUAGACCUCGUUGCAGAAGGAGAAUUAAAUGGCAUUAGAGCUGCUCUUGAAACAAGUGAGUGAGGCAUGGAGAGCAUAUGCGCUGGAUAUGGUGAGCUACCAGGGUCGUUGUAGAUUGGUCCGAGGCUUGGAUGGCUUCUUUAACAAAUUCAAGAACACAUCUGCAGUAUAAUAGCAAUGAAACUCUCCCCUUAUUACAAGACUGGCAUUUGAAAUGAAAGUAACUCUAGCAAAACCCGCAACCACCAGACAUCUCAAGGCUUUGAUUGGUAUAAUUUCAGCACUUUGAUUAGGAUGGAUAGAUAACUUGGACAGGUGAGACAGUCAGUUUAUCUUGGGGGCAUCUAAACUGAGAGGCAGAUAUACAACCUUUUUUGCCUGAAGAAACACAGAGGUUCCAGGAUGUGCGUACUGAGUUCCUGGCAUUGAUGAAACGGUUGCUAAGUCUCCCCUGGUUAUGGAUGUACUGAACAUUCUCAGCUUCUAGAGAUAGCUGGAGAGGCUGUAAGAGCUGCUUGAAAAGUUACAGAAAGCUCUCGGAGAAUAUCUUGAGAGGGAGAGAGCUUCCCAAGGAAUUUUGUUGGAGAUAAGAGGUCAUUGGUAACAGUAAGACUAUAGCUAGGCUACAGAUACAGGAUGUUUGCUGUGGAAGCUUCUAUCAAUCUGGAAAGUAGAUCCCUCGGAAGCACCGAGAACAAUGCAAAGAGUGAAAAUUGCAGACUCAAAAAAAAUCUCACAAUUCCUGGGACAGGUCUUCGAAGGAGUCUUGAAUUUUGUGUUUGUUACACCAGUAUCUAUUGCCAAGAAUCCAAAGAUGAAUGAAUGGCUGACAUGUACAGAGAAGGGCUGUUGGUUCAAGCUGUUAAAAAUGUUUCUACUUUCAAAACUGGAAUGAUCAUUGAUCCAGCCUAGUAUCUUCUCUGGGUAGAUAAAUACCAGGCCCAGUUGGUAGUAUUAGCCUCACAGAUCUCUGAGUCAGAAGGUGUGGAUGUUGCUCUUGCUCAACCAUCAAGGGAGGCAAUGAUCUUGGACCACACAAGGAUGUAUCCUAGGGUCUAUUGAGUCCACACUGAACAUCUUGCCAGACUCUGUAUCACAGGAACACCUACCUGUUCGCAGGAAGAAACUCGAACAUCUGGCACAUGUUUGCAGAUCAAGAAAAGCUCUGGAGACAUAUAUGCUUAUGAAAGAAUGCGACAAACAAUUAGGAAACAACUUCGAGAUGAUCCUGGGGUUCAGGCCAUUAGACAAAAUACAUAUACCAUUCUAAUUGAAGGACAAUUCGUAUUAUACUGGAAAAUCCAGUAAUCUUUGAGAAAAAUGUCUUUGACUAAAAAGAGGUUAUUACCAUGUACUAGUCAUCAUAUUCUGUUUUAGUUAAUAGGUAUAAAUUAUUUGAAAGAAAGUAUAUUCACUGCAAAAUGCUGACAUUUUGGGUCAAAGGUAUUUAAAGAUGACAGAUUUGACGCUAUAUUCACUGUAGAAUGCUGGUAUUUUGGGUUAUAGGUAUUUGAAGAUAAUAGAUUUGACCCCAUAUUCACGGCAGAAUGCUAACAUUUUUGGUCAUAGGUAUAUGAGGAUGAUCGAUUUGGCCCUAUAUUCACUGUAGAAUGCUGACAUUUUGGGCCAUAGUUAUUUGAAGAUGAUAGAUUUGACCUUAUAUUCACUGCAGAAUGCUGACAUUUUGGAUCAUAGGUAUUUGAAGAUGAUAGAUUUGUACCUAUAUUCACUGCAGAAUGCUGACAUUUUGGGUCAUAGGUAUAUGAAGAUGAUAGAUUUGGCCCUAUAUUCACUGCAGAAUGCUGACACUUUGGGUCAUAGUUAUUUGAAGAUGAUAGAUUUGGACCUAUAUUCACUGCAGAAUGCUGACAUUUUGGGUCAUAGGUAUUGGAAGAUGAUAGAUUUGACCUUAUAUUCACUGUAGAAUGCUGACAUUUUGGGUCAUAGGUAUUUGAAGAUGAUAGAUUUGACCUUAUAUUCACUGCAGAAGGCUGACAUUUUAGGUCAUAGGUAUUGGAAGAUGAUAGAUUUGACCAUAUAUUCACUGUAGAAUGCUGACAUUUUAGGUCAUAGGUAUUUAAAGAUGAUAGAUUUGACCCUAUAUUCACUGCAGAAUGCUGAUAUUUUGGGUCAUAGGUAUUUGAAGAUGAUAGAUUUGACCCUAUAUUCACUGUAGAAGGCUGCCAUUUUGGAUCAUAGGUAUUUGAAGAUGAUAGAUUUGACCCUAUAUUCACUGUAGAAGGCUGACAUUUUGGAUCAUAGGUAUUUGAAGAAGAUAGAUUUGACCCUAUAUAGUUUUGAUGCAGUGUCUUGCUUAACAUUAGAAUUAUUUUUGUAAUUAGAGCAAAAUGAUAUUGUAACAAUUACAUAGGUUUUUGAAAGCAGAUAUUUAAUAUUUUAGUCGGCUCACAAAGUAUGUACUCAGAAUUUCCAUGUGAAAAGCGCGUUUUGACUAUAUUAUGAAAAGUCCAAUGAGGACCUUCUACCUGUCAAUGACCAGCUCUUAUUAAAGCUGCAUGGCUCGAGAUUUAUGUCAUUCUUCUCUAACCCUUACACUGAUGAAUUAUUAUUAAAAAUGAACUUGCUUACCGAAAACGAUACUGACUGAAUGGCAAACAGUGCAGAUCUUGAUCAGACUGUACAGAUAUGAAGACUGAUCAUGAUCUACCCUGGUUGCAAAAGGCAGAAUCAAUCAUGUCCUGAGCAUGAUAAGGGUAAUUACAUUCAUACAAUCAAGCUGUUUGUAGAAUAUGUAGAAAAGCCAUCCAAAGUGUUAUUUACACAAUAGAAAUGCAUUGUUCAGUUGAAGACAUUCGGCUUUAUUAGCUCACCUGAGCAAUGCUCAGGUGAGUUCUUCUGAUCGCUCGAUGUCCGGUUUCUGUCGUCUGUCAACAUUUAGAUUGUGUAUGCGAUAGAGGCUGUAUUUUUCAACUGAUCUUCAUAAAAUUUGGCCAGAAUGAUAACCUUGAUGAAAUCUAGUUCAAGUUUGAAUAGAGGUCAUCUGGGGUCAAAAGUAGGUCACUAGGUCAAAUCAAAGGAAAAGCUUGUAUAUGCGAUAGAAGCUGUAAUUUUCAAUUGAUCUUCCUAUAAUUAAGGCAAAAUGAUAACCAUUAUAAAAUCUAGGCCGAUUUUGAAAAUGGGUCAUCUUGGGUCGAAAACUAGGUCACUAGGUCAAAUCAAAGAAAAUCCUUGUGCAUGCGAUAGAGGCUGUAUUUUUUCAAUUAAUCUUCAUGAAUUUUGGUCAGAAUGAUUGUUUCAAUUAAUCUUCAUGAAUUUUGGUCAGAAUGAUUGUUUUGAUGAAAUCUAGGUCAAGUUUGAAUAUUGGUCAUCUGGGGUGAAAAAGUAGGUCACUAGGUCAAAUCAAAGGAAAAGCUUGUAUAUGCGAUAGAGGCUGUAAUUUUCUAUUGAUCUUCCUAUAAUUAAGUCAGAAUGAUAGCCUUGAUGAAAUCUAGGACAAAUUUGAAUAUGGGUCAUAUUGGGUCAAGAAAUAGGUCACUAGGUCAAAUCAAAGAAAAACCUUGUGUAUGCAAUAGAGACUGUAUUUUUCAAUUGAUCUUCAUGAAAUUUUGUCAGAACAAUUGCCUUGAUACAAUCUACAUAAAGUUUGAUUAUGGGUCAUCUUGGUUCAAAAAGUAGGUCGCUAGGUCAAAUUAAAGAAAACCCUUCUGUAUGCAAUAGAGGCUGCAUUUUUCAAUUCAUCUUCAUGAAAUUUGGUCAGAAUGAUUGCUUUGAUGAAAUCUAGGUCAAGUUCGAAUAUGGGUCAUCUGGGUCAAAAAGUAGGUCACUAGGUUAAAUCAAAGGAAAACCUUGUGUAUGCGAUAGAGGCUAUUUUUUUCAACUGAUCUUCAUGAAAUUUUGUCAGAAUGAUAGCCUUGAUGAAAUCUAGGUCAGGUUCGAAUAUGGGUCAUCUGAGUUUAAAAACUAGGUCAAAUCAAGGAAAAACCUUGUGUAUGCAAUAGGGGCUGCAUUUUACACUGGAUUUUCAUAAAAUCUGGUCAGAAUGGUUGCCGUAAUGAAAUUUAGAUCAAGUUCGAAUAUGGGUAGUCUGGGGUCAAAAGCUAGGUCACUAGGUCAAAUCAAAGAAAAACAUUAUGUAUGCAAUAGAGGUUGUAUUUUUCCAUUGAUCUUCAUGAAAUUUGGUCAGAAUGAUAGCCCUAAUGAAAUCUAAAUCAAGUUCAAAUAUGGGUCAUCUUGGUUCAAAAACUAGGUCACUAGGUCAAAUCAAAGAAAAUACUUAUUUAUACUUAAAAUGUCUGCUCCAAUUUUAAUGAUAAUUUGUCAGAAUAUUUUUUCCAUGAAAUCACUAUGUCAAACAUGUUAACCCUGUUAUGGUGUGUUGUGGGCCCAGUUGUUCGAAACUUUUACAGUUGAUUAAGCUAACAGUCGAUUAACUUUUAAAGUAAUAUUUCAACAUUUUAGAACACUUAGAAAAACAAAUGUAUGACUUAAGGAUUAUGAACACUAAAAUGUCUUUACAGCAAAAUUAAAACAUCAUUCUAGUGUUUACCACCGAGACUAGUAUUUUAAAUCAAACUUUAACAGGCGAUUAGUUUAACAGUCUGUGUUUCCCAGGUGAGCGACCUAGGGCCAUCUUAGCCCUCUUGUUAGAUAUCAUAUUCAUGAAAUGUCAACCUUAAUGAUACUGAUUUAUGGCUAUUUGAUAUAUGUUGCUAGCUAUUGUAUAUAUAUAUAUAUAUAUUUUUUUUUAUUGAAAUGUUUAUUUAACAGAUUGUACUUUCAGUUUUAUAUAUAAUUGCAUGACUUCUUUUUGUUUUUUUGGUGGUCAAUAUUAUACACUUAUUGAAUGGUUUCCCGGUCAGUAGUAAAACUAUACCCUUGAGGUCUGAAAGACUCAGUGCCUUAGUUAAUAUUAUCUGUGUCUUCGUGUCUUCAGGCUAUAGUAAGUAAGUAAGUAACAACUUUAUUUAACGAGGCUACACAUUGGGUGUCAAAGCUACAGUUUUGACUAUAGGCUGGGAAGCCAUUCAAUAAAUUUAUUAUCAAGACUUUGAGAAAAAGUAAUGUGCAAGAUAACUGAGAUAAAUUCUAACUUUGACAUAACUAGUAUUUCGUAUAAAAGGGAGCUAUGCUGGAAUUGUUUUGUCAUUUUGGCAAAUCCGUCCGUUCCAAAUUAUUCAUGGAAAUAGCUUUAAAACUACUUAAGUCAAUUAAACAGCAUAAUUGCAGUCAGCUAUUUUCAAUGACUCUUUUUAUAUCAAUAAAAGAACAAAUGAAAAUUGGUAUCUCGGAAUUGCUUAUCUCGGAAUUGCUUAUCUCAAAGCUAAGGUUACCUCUGAGAAGUGUUCAUUUGCUGUCAAAAUUCAUUGUUCCUAUAAUGUAUAACUUGUAUCUUCAUUCUGUUUAUGGAAAGUUAGAUAUUCUUCAAAUUCCAGUGUGUCAGUGUGAAUGCUAUGUUCCUUCUAUGAGUUUGCAAGAAUUUACAUCUUAACGCGGCAAAAUUAUUUUCAAAUUAGUGCGUUUCAAAUUGUUCAGCACUCGCAAAAUAUUCAUUAAAUGUUUAUGUAAUGUACAGAAAGACAUACGGCAAAAAAAUGUUGUACCUAGUAUUAUUAUAAGUCCAAAACAGUUUUUCUUUGUGUAAAACUACCAUUCCCUUGGAUUUUGAGAUACCAAGUUACCUUUAUUUAAAUUGAAUGUUUCUUAACCCAAUGGUAGAUGUUAUUAAAUGAAAUUAUACAGAACAGGAAUCAUCAAUCUGUCUUGAAAAAUAGCAUCAGUCGCAUCAAAAUAAUGUUUAGAUCGUAUGACCAAGGUCUAUGUGAUCGAGGUCGAGGUCACAAUUAGAGGUCAGUGAUUAAAUUCGUGUUCAUUCUUCUUAACCACUGGAAGGAUUGUGACCACUCUAUGUCCGUCAUCAGUUGUGCGCCCGUCAACAAUAUCUAAAAGAAUAUUCUUUUGAAAACCACUGGGCAGAAUACAUCAAACUUCACAGGAAUGAUCCUUGUGUGCCCCCCUCCCCCCUUUCAAAAUUUUACAACAAAUUGAAUUCCAUACAGAACUCUGGUUGCCAUGGCAAUCGAAAGGAAAAAGUUUAAUAAUCUUGUCCAAAACCACAAGGCAUAAAGCAAGGGUGGGUGGCGUCCAAAAGCAUGUCUGCUCUCUAAGUUUCAGUUUUCAUCCAGUCUUCACCAAGCUUCCUGACAUUAUGUUUGUGGGAAUAGUAUCUCGGCCAAGGUAAAUAACCAGCGCACUCUCAGAUUAUGGCCCUUGAAUCAAGCAAAAUCCGAUGACAGGCGUAUUUUGUGACAGUCAGGCCCUCUUGUUCAGAAGAGUCAUGACCCUUGAUUUGUCAGUUCUUUGAUGUCUUUACAACUUCUUAACCACUGGUUGGAAUUCCACCAACUUUUACAGGAGUGAUCACUGCAAAGCCUAGUAGUUCAUUAAUGGCCUUUAAAUUUUGGCAUUUUACAAUGUCUGUGUAAUAAGUGAUGGGAGAUUUUGUUUUUUUGUAAGAAAACAGUGUGUAGUUGCUCAGUAUUUAUUUAAUGCCUUUAUUAAUGUUGACAUGUAUCAAAUGUUCUGAAAUGAUUGAAUGAUAGCAUUCAGGCUCUGGAUGGACAUUGUAUUAAUUGUUUGAUCAGCAAGUUAAUAGAUUUAGGUUUAGGUUUAACGAAAUGGAAUUCAGUCGUAUGUCCCCUACUGGUUGAAAACCAGUUUUAGGGAUUUUAGGAUUUUGUCGCGCUUCAAGUCCUUUUAUCCAUCAAUCUGUGUUCGUCGGCAAUUUUUAUUUUGUGACUGAAUCUUUGAAAUUGAACUCUAUUUUGUUAGAACUAAAUCUUUUAACUCUAGGUCACACUUAUAGAAAAAUGCCAACAGGACUUUUUCCUAUCCAGUCUUUAAGUCAACAGUUCAUCAAAUGAUUUUACCGGUAAUAAUGCUUGGCACAAAUAUUCCCUACAAGAUGUUGCAUACAAAACUUCCAGACCCCUAGCCUAAAGGUCAAUAAUCACACUUAAGAGGUCAAAGGUAAACUUUGCAUUUACAGUAUCUGUUUUUGUAUGCUCAUCCUUUUAAGGGAUUUUUAGCUUGACUAUAUGAGUUAUGGAGAGCUAUCCUACUAAACCUGGCAUCGGCUUCAUUCCAGGUCUGCCCCUUGGUUAAAGUUUUGAUGCACUUUCUCUUUAUCUCUGUUGAAUUACUUGAUGGAUUUGUUUCAAACUCAAAAUAAUUUUCCCCAUCAUCAUCCACAUCAUAUGCCAUAGGGGCCAUAACUCUUGCACCAAUAUUUCAUGAUUUAUCCCCCUUUUUACAUAGAUUUUCAGGUUAAAGUUUUGAUGCACUUUCACUCUGUCUCAGUUAUUACUAAAUGGAUAUGAUUCAAAUUUAAAAUGUUUGUUCAACAUCAUCACUCACAUCAUAUGACACAAGGGCCUUAACUCUUACAUCAAUAUUUCAUGAAUUAUCCCCCUUUUACUUAGAGUAUAAGGUUAAAGUUUUCAUGCACUUCCUCUCUAUCUCAUUUAUUCCUAAAUGGAUAUGAUUCAAACUUAAAACAGUUGUUAAACGUCAUCACUCAACAUCUUGUGACACAAGGUCCAUAUCUCUUAAACCAAAAUUUUCCUGAAUUAUCCCCCUUUUACUUAAAAUUUCAGGUUAAAGUUUGCAUGCACUUUCACUCUAUCUGUUAAUACUACAUGGAUUUUGUUCAAACUUAAUAGUUGUUCCACCUUAUCAUCCACAUCAUAAGACACAAGGUCCAUAACUCGGCACAAAUAUUUCAUGAAUUAUGCCCCCUCUGUUGAAAAUUAUGCGAAUUUAAUGUUUUGAUACACUUUAUCUUUUUCUCCCUUAUUACUUAAUACUUUUGACGCUAAUUCAAGCUAUUGUCCAAUAUCUUCAUCCACAUUGGAGUCAUUCUACACUCCAGUGACAGCUCCAGCUUCCACAGAUGUGCCCAGUUUCCAGCAUCGAAUAGUCAAGCGCGCUAUCUCCUGUGACAGCUCUUGUAAUAUUACUCAGCACAAAUGUUCCCAUUAAUUAGACCAUGUGUCAUGUGCAAAACCAGGACUCCUUGCUCAAAGGUAAAGGUUACACUUUGAGGUCAAAGGUCAAUAGUUUUUGAGUUUGUUUUUUUUCCUUUUGGUCUGUACCAUUGUGUUGCAUUAAAUGAUUUGAUUCUUUUUAGUAUAAAUGUUCCCUGUAAUGAGACACCAUGUCAUGCAGAACACCCAGACCCCUAGCUCAAAGGUCAAGGUCACAUUGAGUUCAAAUAUCAUUAGGUUUUUUUUUCCUGUACAAUCACUACUACUUUACAUAAAUGUUCAAUAUAAUGAGAUGUGUCAUAUGCAACACCUGAACCCCUAGCUCAUAAGUCAAGGUCACACUUGAAGCUCAAAAUUCAGUAGUUUUUUUCCUGUCAGGUCCAAAAGUAGGGAUUUUGAUAUAAUUUCACAUAAAUGUUACCUAUAAUGAAAGGACUUGUCAUGCGUAAUACCCAGACCCAAAAGCAGAGAGGUCAAGUUCAUACUUCGAGGUAGAAAGUCAGUAGGUUUAUAUUUCACCUCUACCAUCAGUUAAGUAAUUUUUAUUUUACUUGGCUAAAAUGUUCCUUGAAUGAGACAACAGGUUGUGCACAACACCCAAGUUUUAUCUUAAAGUUCAAGGCCACACUCGGAUGACAAAGGUCAAAAUGAUGAUUCCUGUCUGGUUCAAAACUUUGUUAACCAUCAGUGGGUCUUUACCAAGUUCAUUACUUGGUAUGAACGUUCCUCAUAAGUUGCUUUGUCAUGCCUAACAGCCAAAUCCUUCACUUAAAUGUCAAGUUGACGUUUUGAGGUCAAAAUUAACAUAUAUUUUUUCUUGUCAUGUUUAAAAAUUUUAAUCUUGUCCUUUCUGCAGCUUUUUCAUCCCUGCAAGAUAUUUAAAUAACUUUGUAUAAAUUUUCAAAACAUUAACCGUAUGUGUCAUAUGAACCCAAUUAAAAAGAAUUGUUGGCAUAUUUUCUUCAGAAUUACUUCCCUUUAAUUACAUUUUCACCUACCAAUUGAACAAGAGUGGGAGACUGUCACAAAAUACGCCCGUCAUCGAAUUUGGCCUAGUUCGAGGGCCUUAAUCCAAGAGUGUCUAGGGCGAUUUGACUGGUUAUCAAACUUGGCUGAGUUAUUUUGCCCACAAACAUUGUCAGCAAGUCUGGUGAAGAUCAGAUGAAAAGCGUUCGACUAAGAAAGCAGACAAGGCUAAAUUAGCAGAUUUCUAGUAAUUCAAGGAUCAUAAUCCAAGAGUGCCUAGGGCAAUUUGGCUGGUUAUCGAAGUUGGCUGAUAUAUAAAGCCGACAAACAUUAUCUGCAACUUUGUGGAGGAUUGGAUGAAAAGCGUUUAACUUAGAGAGCAGACAAGGCUAAAUUGGCAAUUUUUCAAGUAAUUCAAGGGCCAUAAUCCAAGAGUGCCUUGGGUGAUUUUGCUGGCAAUCGAGCUUGGCCGAGAUAUUAUACCCCCAAACAUUGUCACCAUGUUAAGUUUGAUGAAGAUUGGAUGAAACUGUUCGACUUAAAGGGGAGACAAGGCUAAUUUUGCAGAUUUUCGAGAAAUUCAAGGGCCAUAACUCAAGAGUGCCUGGGGUACUUUGCUUGUUAUCGGACUAGGUUGAGAUAUUAUACCUACAAACAUUGUAACCAAGUUUGCUAAAGAUCGGAUGAAAACUGUUCGACUUAGAGGGCGGACAAGACUAAAUUUGCCUAUUUUGAGUAAUUCAAGGGCCAUAACUCGAGAGUGCCUGGAGCGAUUUAGCUGGUUACCGAACUAGGCCGAGAUAUGCCCACAGACAUUGUCACCAUGUUUGGUGAAGAUCGGAUGAAAACUGUUCGACUUAGAGAGUGGACAUAUUUUUGGAUGCCGACCACCCCAGUUUUUCAGAGACGGGCGUAUAAAAAAGGGGCCUUUUUUAAAAAUACUUGUUUUAUUUAUAGAUGCUUUAAGCAAUUAACAUUUGUUGAUGUUUAUGUAAAUUUAAACCCAAACAUUGUUUUUGGCUCACAUGACCACAAAGUCCUCAUGGUGAACUAUUAUGAUCAUGCUGUGUCCGUCGUUCGUCAUGCAUCCGUCCGUCUGUCAAGUCGUCUGUCAGUUGUCAACAAUUUUGUUCAAACAACAUAUCUUCCAAAACCAUAGAAUGGAUUUUAAUGAAACUUGGUCAUAAUGUUACUAAGGUGCCCUGGUGGUCUUCUGCCAAAGUUGUUCAAACGGUUCAACUUGGUUGCACAAAGGGGCAGACAGAGGUAAAAAUAGAAGAAAAAAACUUCAAACGUCAUCUCCUAAACCAAUGGUCCUAUUUUAAAAUAAUUUUACACAAAUGGUCCUUGUGUCACCCCCGACCAGUUUUGCUCAAAUUAAACCGAUUCGUCAAAAAACAUGACCGCCAGAGGGCAUGGUCCCUUUACCUUAUAUGUAUAUAGGGGAAAUCAUAAAAAUCUUUAGUGACAUUGCUGGCCCGAUUUUGAAAUUAUUUUACACAAGUGGUCCUUGUGUGACCCUCUAACAAGAUUGUUCAAAUUAUAGAUUUGUCAAAAAACAUGAGCACCAGAGGGCGUGGUCACUUUUCGCCAUAUGUAUUGUCCUAUUUUAUUGAACUGUCAAAUGCAUAUUGAUUAAAUGGGCGGUGCAUAUAAUAUUUUAAUCUUCGGUUGAUUUUCGGUACAUUCCGUUUAGUAUACGGAAAGUAACCAGCAAAAAAAAAUGGUUUAUUUUUAAAGCGUGUAUACGUAUAUACGCAAGUCACGAUAGAUCAGUGGUCAUCGUCAAUAGCUUGAAACCUGGAGUUCGUAAGAUCGAUACCGUUCAGUAUCUGAGUUGUUUUUUUUCCACAAAUUUCAACAAACACUCUGUACAUGUACAUUUUUAUCCAGUAUUUCCUUCAUUGUAUUUUCACAAGUUUUUUUUUUUCAUUUUUAUCUCUUUCAUUAAUUUCUGAUUUAUAUAUAUACUUUUUUAUGUAUUUUUUUCACAGUUCAUUUCACGACUAUACAAAUUUCAUAAAUAUGAAUUACAACUAGCUAAAUUCAUCAUUCAGUUUCAUUCGCGGUGUGGGUACUGCUGUCAUCGAAGUCAUAUAAAUCAUAUAAAUAAUUGAAAAUGAGAAAUAAAAAAUGUGCUCGCUGAUGGGCUCGAACCAGCGAUUUCCCGCAUUCGAGCCAAAUGCUGUAACCACUGAGCCACAGAUACGAUUGAUGAGAGUGUGUUUCACUUACAAUACUAAUAAUGAUAUUUAGACAGUUUACCAAAUUUUUUUCCCGUAAAACAUACGGAUAGCACCGAAGUUGGGCCGAAUAUUAUAAUAUCGAAUGCACAGAGCGUGUAAUGUAUGCAUAUUUGACAGGUUAAAAAAAUAGCACAAUAUAUAGUGGAAAUUUUAAUAAAAACCUUCUUGUGUGAAACUGCUGGCUGAAUUUUAGAAUAAUUUUACACAAAUGGUCCUUGUGUGACCCAUUACCAAGAUUGUUCAGAUUAUUUUGAAUUUUCAUAAAUUAUUGCUGCCAGAGGACAUGGUCACUUUUCCCUGUUGUAUAAAAUGGAAACUUUAAAAAUAUUCUUGUGUGAAAGUGUUAGCCAGAUUUUGAAUUAAUUUUACACAUAUGGUUCUUGUUUGACCUCCUUCUAUAGAUUCGUCAAAAAACAUGGCCGCCAGAGGGCAAGGUCACUUUUCAUCAUUAAUUUCUUUAAACAACAUGAAUUUAGAUGAAACUUCACACAAAUGAUACUUGGGUAGCCCUCUUUCAAAGUUAUUCAAAUGGUUUCGGUUCAUUGCACAUACCUGUCUUUUAAGUUAUAAAUAGAUUUUCAGCUAUCGGACUUUAAAUAUCCUGUUCUGGAGAGCUUUGAUAUUUGGCAUGUGAUGUAUGGGUUUGACUGUCAACCAUACUAGUCCAAAUUAUUGCCCUAACGUAAAUAAAAAUGGCCACGCCCCUGUGUCUGACAUGUACUUUCUAUAUGCUUUUAUAUAAGAAACUUUGAAAAUCAAUUAUAGUUAGAACCUUGAUAUUUGGCAUGUGAUAUCUGAUUUGUAAUUUCUACCGUAAUUGUUCAAAUUACUGCCCUUUGUUCAAAAAUGUGUUUGACAUGUAUAUAAUAUAGGCUAACUUAAAAAACCUAACUCUGUACUUAAAGCCUUGUACACAGGUGAGUGAUUUAGGGUUAAUGACCCUCUUCUUUAUGAUAUAGUGUACAUAUACCAUAAAGUUGUAUAUACAUGUACAUCAUGGACACAUGUCAAAACAUUAGGUUAUACUGCAGUUGAGAUAACUGUAGCCAUCCUAAUAGGUGAAUUUGUAUUGCAUGGCAAUACUUCAUUCACUGGUUGUUUAUAUCAUACAUAAUUAUAUUCAUUAAAGGUCAUUAUUAUCGUUAUGUAUAUAUUCAAUUUAUGAUGAACUUUUGUUGAUAUUUCAGUGUUUCUCCUCAUUAAUAUGACCUAUGCCAACUGUGCAAUAUCGGUUUUACUUGUUGGAAAAGACAUGCUUUUAUGUGAUAACUUUAUUUGUAAAACAGUAGUUUAUGAAAUACAUUUUAUUGUUUGCUCAAAUUACGUAUUCAGACUCUAUGGUUGUCAAAUGCUUGUAUAUAUUUUAUUUUUAUGACAACUAUUAUGCUUGACUAUAUAAAAGAACUAUGUAUGACAUAUAUUUUGCAAAAUAAAAGGCAAAAUUAUGUGAAUACUUAAUUUAAAAUGCAUAAAAUAUGAAGAUAAUUAAAAUGUGAAGAUAAUUAAAAUGUGUUAUUGAG